CUAUUUUAAAGCGACCAAAAAAACGCGUGAACUAGUUUGCUGUUCCGUCGCCGUGUUCUUGCCUCUGACUCUGUCUUUAACCGCAACAGAGAUUUUGGGAAUCGACUGUUUGAGGGGGCGAUGGGUUGCUUCAGUUGCUUCGACGGAAAGAAGAAGCAACAACGCAAGGAAGAAGACCGAUUGGCCUCCGCCGAAGCUCGCGAGAAAGCCGCCGAAGCCGCCAUGCGACGGCAAGAACAGUUUGAGAAAUCUGCAGCAGGAAGAGCUGCUCAUGCUCAGAUGCAGCAGAUGGCCAAACAAUCAGCCAAUGCCAACAAAGGAGAACCCGUUCUCAAGUGGCAGAUGGGAUGAUACCGGAUUUCUCGGUCUCCUUCCAGCUUCUCAUGGUGAGUUCUUUCUCGGGCAUGACCUCUAACGAAGAACAAUGUUCCUUCCUUAUUAGCAGUCUUCUCUUUCUCACUGUACAUUAAGACAUUGUUGUCUUGUCCUUUUGUUCCAAAACUGUGUAAAUAUCCAUGGACACAUUGUGCAAUAACAGAGUGGCUUGCAUAAAGCAUAUUGAUAGAAGAAUGCUUAAGAA